ACCUUUAUCAGUGGACUACACCCCUGAAGUGUUGCCGACGUUUUCCUGUGGCGAUAUGUCGUAAUGUGAUAACAUAAUUUAUAUAUUUAUUCACCUUGGGGUACAAGUGAUUUUAAUUAAAUCAGGUGGACUGAAGGCCGGAUUAAUUGGAAGAAACUAGCGAGACAUCGUAUUCUCACCAUUCAAUGCGAAAUAUAUAAAACGAAUUAUUAGUGGAUCUCACAAGUUUAUCUAUGUUUUGUAUCUUAAAUUAUUUUCAGAAAAGGUGUAAUAAACGCGGAAGCCUUUACUAAAAACGAAACAUCCCGAUAACUUCACUCCUACUGCUAUAUGAUAUCAUAUAUUAUAUAAUUAUGAAAUCCUAUGUAGCCGUGGUCGUUUACUCGGUCAAUUCAAAAAAUUCUGUGUUCCAGAAGAUGCGGGUUAGAUCUUUGGAAAUGGGUAUAGAAAAGGUUGAUGCCUUCGAUAAACUAAUGCUAUUUGAUUCGCUCCGAACCAGUCCGAAUUCCUGAAAGGUUUUGUAUGCCACUAGUUUUCUGCUCUAGAUAAUGUACGAAGAUAAAUGCUCUUGUAGUGUAGAUCCAUCUUUAUCAUGGUCUGUUGAAGGUUCUUCUUAUAAGGAAAGAUGGAUUCCUGUAACUCCACACGCAGCCAGUGGUUUCCUUGUUUCGGACCGUAAUUCAUCAAUGAGUUCUACAUUGUCUGUUGAUUUAGAAUUAGAAACUGUUUCUGGUUCCGAAAAAUCUUGUGUUUCAUUCACUUUACGUCCAGAUUACCACGAUGACCAGGGUCUACUUUGUCUUCCAGUUUCUUCAGUUAGCGGAAUUUUGGAUGAAAUUUACCUGUACUAUCUGUUUAUAUUUGGCUACAAACCACUUCAUACAGACCACAGAACACCUCUCUACUUGUGCCUCCCUCCAGUCAAUUCAUCCCUGCAUCAAAAUGCAAUCUCCCAACCAAUCAUAGUCGGUCAUGCUGGUGCUGGUGUAAAACGUGCACAUCAUGGUAAAGGGCUUGAAUGGCCUGAGAACACAAUAUGCGCCUUUCGACGUGCUGAGCAACUUGGAGUAACAAUGGUGGAAUGUGAUGCAAAUAUCACAAAAGAUUCUGAAGUCGUUUUACACCACAACUUCACACUAGGAGUAUGUGAGCAACCGAGAAAAUCUGAAAACGAUCCACCAACUUUCAUUUUAGAACAUAAAACUGAUGGUGUAGUAAAUGAAAAUAGCACAGAUCUGAUUGUGAACUACCAAUUAUCUGGAAUUCGCAACUUGUUGAGAAAGGUCAAUGGAACGAUCGGUAAUGCAAACAUUAUCCAAAGUCAGUAUCCUAGUCCCUUAACAAUGAGUGAUCCUAUUCCAAAUAUUCAUGGUAAAGAGGCUGAACCAAUACCGUUAUUAAAAGACGCAUUCUACCAAACUUCCACAAACCUAAGCUUUAACGUAGAGCUAAAAUAUCCCAUAGAAACGCCAUAUAAUUUAAUUGCUGAAGCAUUAAUUAAACAUAAACCUGUCGAACCUUCUUUACCAACACCGUCCUCAUAUUUCUAUAAGAUCAACAAAUUCUGUGAUACAAUAUUAGAUACAAUAUGGUUACAUGCUGGACCCAGAUACGUUAUACUAUCUUCAUUUAACCCUGACGUAUGCUUAACUUUAAGGUUAAAGCAAUCUUUUUUUCCAGUCUUGUUUAUUUCCCGUGGUGGUUGUCCAAAUGAUAGUAGUCACAAGUCAGAUCCACGACACCACAACAUAUUCUCUGCAAUAAGUUGGGCACAUAUAAUGAACUUAAAUGGGAUUGUUACAGUGGGAUAUCAUUUCGGUUCGACAAAUGAUGUGGAUGAAAGGCAGCUCAAAUAUCUUGAAGCGGAUUUGGAGAGUAAACAGCUAUCCUGUUUUGUGUAUGGUGAUGGUGUGUCUGAAAUCCGUUUUUAUAGAAAAGCAUCACAACUUAACUUGACUGGAGUAAUCGUUGAUCGGUUAGAUGAAUUUAUGCAUAUGUACCAUGAACAAUGCAAAACAAGUACGCAAUUAUAGUCUCCAAACCUUUAAUUAAUUUCAUGAAUUUUAAACAUAUAUUUAAUUGAUAGACAGUAAAUUUGUACAAUUAACUUUUUCUGUAAAAAAUGUUUACUGGCAUAAAGACAAUUUAGUUAAAGAUCACAUGUAUAUUU